CUCUUCUCAAAUAUCUAGGGUUUGCUCUUCAUCGUUUCUGGACGCAGAUUUCUUCACACUGUAGGAUGGAAGAAGGGUGAAACCCUAGGCUUCAGAGUGUGAGAAUCAAAACAUUCGUUUAAUAUGUUCAUGGAGGAGGCUACAAGCAAUGGUGAAGGUACAGAGCAUAAUCAGCGAAAUGGUUUGGUGGAAAGUGAAGCAUUGAAUCAUUGGAGUGCUGGAGGUGGUGCUAUGGCUAAUUCUGCCAAUCCUAGUUCCAGAGAUAGUAAGAAGAUACAAACAUAUAAGCGGCGAAAACUUGGGAGAUCUUAUUCUGAUAGAAUUUCCAUGGAAGGUGUUAGUCACUCAGGAAGCCGGGAGUCUGUCUCUUGUGAACUAUAUAAUCAAAAGUUCAGCAUAGGAACCCAUCUUACUGGUGAACUCCCGAAGCUUUCCAAUCCAAAUAAAUCAUCAAGUGAAUCCAAGCAUGAGACCGUGACAGCCGGUUGCCAGCAUGUUCUGUCUCAUGUUUUAGCUUCAAAGGAGUUUGCAUCCCUAAAUAAGUUGCUUUCCGAAAAUCUUCAAGGGGCCAAGAUUGAAGACCUUACGUGCAGAACUCUGAUAGACACCAGGAUGAAAGAGGGUGUUUAUGAAGGUUCACCUCUGCUCUUUUCAACGGAUCUCCAAGAGGUCUGGCAAAAAAUACAGGAUGUUGGUAAUGAUAUGGCUGUUCUUGCUAAUAGUCUCUUAGAGCUUUCAAGGACAUCCUAUAAGGAACAGUUGAAGCAGUUCUACACUGGGGGAUCGAAGCCUCAUCCGAAUGCAGAGAACAUCAGAAAUGACAGUGUUUAUGACGUUUGCAAGCUAUGUGGAGAGAAGGCAGAGGCAAGAGACUGUUUAGCAUGUGAUCAUUGUGAAGAUAUGUACCAUGUCUCAUGUGCACAUCCUGGUGGGAAAGGGAUGCCAACACACAGUUGGUAUUGUCUAGACUGCACAUCUAAGGGAAUCGGAUCACCUCACGAGAAUUGUGUAGUGUGUGAAAGAAUGAAAACCCAAGGGAUGAUGGAGACAGAAAACAGAUCUGUUGAUACGAGUACAGAAUGCAAAGAAGAUUUGAACGAAUCUGAAGAGAAUUCAAGCUGUAACAUGAAUCACCACGUAGAGAUGAAUAGAGAUUCUGAACUCUGUAGGACCUGUGGAACAAAGGUGGAUAGUGGCGGAAAGUAUAUAACAUGUGAUCACCCUUUUUGCCCACACAAGUAUUACCACAUCAGGUGCUUGACUUCAAGGCAAAUAAAACUACACGGUGUUCGUUGGUAUUGCUCAUCGUGCUUAUGCAGAAAUUGCCUAACUGACAAGGAUGAUGAUAAAAUCGUCUUGUGUGAUGGGUGUGAUGAUGCGUAUCACAUCUACUGCAUGAGACCUCCAUGUGAAUCGGUUCCAAAUGGAGAAUGGUUUUGCACAGCAUGUAAAGCUGCAAUUCUUAAAGUCCGCAAAGCGCGUAAGGCUUUUGUGAAGAAGAUGGAGACGCUGCAGAAACAGAAAGGAAGAAAACCCAGGAAUGUCGAAGGCAAACCGCGAAGUAAAGACAAUGGAGAAUUGGAUAAAAGCGUAGGAGGAAUGGACAUGCUUCUAAACGCAGCUGACACACUGAAAGAUGAAGAACAGAUGACAUUCCAAUCCAUCAAAUGAAGGAUUAGAUUGAUAAGCAAACAAGCAAUACAGCUUCUUGUCUCAAAAGAUAUCGUCUAUUUUUUCAUCUACCUAACUUCAACCCUUUAAUAUUUGAUUCUUCUCCACAAAAGUUGUGUUCGUUUGGUUGCUAACUUUUGAAAGCAAGACAAAGGAUUCUGAAGGUAACCCUUCUAUUGAGAGUAAAUUCUUUUAAUCAACAGUGCCUUUUGAU